AUGGCCAGUUAUACUAGGAUGCGGUCCUGUGCGGCUGUGGCCAUCGUCUUGCUGCUCCUUCAAGCUAGCCAAGGUAUGUGUAUCUCUGGGGAAUCAUCAUCUUCCUCCGCGACGGAGGCUAAGACGCUAGACAUGCGCAAGCUUCUAAACAUCAGUGGAGGUCAGCCUCCCAUCGCCGGCCGCCGUUGGACGGAGGCGGAGCGGAUGGAGCCCGGCAGCUGCUCCGAGGAGAACGUGGUGCUGUACCAGAGCAGAGAGGAGCACCUCCCCAGCGGCAUCCCGGCCUACAGCGUGGAGAUCAUCAACGUGUGCGCGGCGUGCACGGUGUACGACGUCCACGUCUCCUGCGGCGAGUUCGCGUCGACGGAGCUCGUCGACCCGAGCCAGUUCCAGCGCGUCGGCUUCAACGACUGCCUCGUCAGGCGCGGCGGGCCCCUGGGGCCCAGCGACGCCGUCUCCUUCCAGUACUCCAACUCCUUCGCCUACCCGCUCGCGGUCGCCAAUUUCGCAUGCGAGUAG